UUUUUUUACCCUCGACUCUGUCUAAGUCUCUCGUUACAUUCUUGUCUUUUUUUCCACCUUUUCUUUGCCGGGAUGGCCAACUAUAAUGCCGUUCAGAACAACGGCAACCAUCCGUAUGGUGCAGGCGACCCAUACUACAACGAGUCCACUGGCUUCAUAACACCGGCGUCCGCUGCUAAAAAGAAGACCAGCAAUUGGAUCAAGUUCGGUAUUCCUGUCGGUAUCCUUGUCAUCGUCGGUGCUGUGGUUGGAGGCGUGGUUGGCAGCCGUUCCUCUAAAAACAACGACGACGCUUCCAGCUCGAGCGGCACCGACUCUGCAGCUGCAGCAAGUGCAGCAGUCACCGCCAAGAAUGCCAUCGGCAUAUACGCCACCGCGACGGAUAGCGAAUUCAUGGUUCCCUUGUACCCUUCCACUACUAAUACAGCAGCAUUUACUACCCCCACUUUCGUUGAUACCACCAGCUCUAGCAACGCUUGGCCAGAAGAUUCAUUCAGCCCCUCAAACCCCAGCGCUACUUCCGUACGAAGUGAUCGCCCCCGACUCAUAGCUCCCGCGUACAAAUGGCAGGCGCUUCCAACCCUCAUAGCCAAUGAUCCAUACCUCAUAUACUGGAAUGAGACAAUCUUUGGGAAUGCCACAGAUUAUUACAGCUUGGAACCUGUCGUUUAUCAUAUGGACGGUGACAGUGGUAUCCUCGAUAAUGCCCGUGAGAUCAAAAUGAGAAUCAAAGCUUUUUCCUAUGUCUACCGCAUGACGAACGACACAAAGUGGGUGGACCGUUGCUGGGAGGAAAUUCAAAAUGCCGCUGGCAAUGGAACCACCACGUUUGGUCCUGAUGAUGACAAGUGGAACUCAGCCCAUUUCCUUGAUACGGCCGAGUUCUCUGCUGCAUUUGCCAUCGCUUAUGAUUGGCUUUACGACGUGUGGACCGACGAGCAGAAGACCCAGAUGCGGUACACCCUCAACUUGUACGGUCUGGGUCCCGGUGUUUCAGCGUACAAUGAUCCCAACGUCUACACUGGAUGGUGGAGGACGAACACCACCGGUAACUGGAAUUGUGUAUGCAACUCCGGCUUGACCAUGGGCUCCCUUGCCAUCUUAGGUGACGAUACAACGACCAACGCCGAGACACUUCUUGGUCUUACAAUCGACAAUGCUCUGGAAAAUUGUGCUCUGGCCGUCACCGACGAUGGCACAUGGUCAGAGACCGCCAAUUAUUGGUAUUUUGGUACCACUGGCCAUGCCGAGAUGUCCUCAUCAUUGAUAACGGCCACCGGUUCUGACUACGGCUUGUUAAGCACCAAUGUUGACUUCAAGAAGACUGGCGACUUCCACAUGUACGUCUUCGGACCAACCUCCCUAUUUGAUUGGGGCGACCAUGGUCCAAACAAAUUCUCAACCACCGCUAACUCCAUGAUCUGGUACGGCACUUAUUUCAACGAACCCGUUUACACACUCUUCCAACGCGAACAACACGAUGCGCCUGAGCCAUGGAGCAUGUUUUGGUAUGAUCCUACAGUUGUAGGUGCAUUCUGGGAUGGCAAGGCGUUGGAUUCCUUCUUUGAUAACGAACUUGACCAGUGGGCAUCGAUGAGAAGUAGCUGGACAGAUAUCAAUGCUCUCUAUGUCGCUAUGAAAGCCGGAAAGAACCAAGGUCACCAGACCCACAACGAUCUAGAUGUGGGCGACUUUGUUCUUGACGCCCUAGGCACGAGAUGGGCGGGAGAGCUGGGAUCCGGAGACUAUCUGUCAACCAACUAUUUCAGCAAUGACACGCAGGAAAGCGACCGGUGGAAGUAUUACAGAAAGAUGACGGAGGGCCAAAACACGAUUUUGAUUGACAAGAGUAACCAAGAUGUGUUGGCUGAGCCAGUCAUCCUCAACUAUGGGACAUCCAACACGACGCAGGGCUCGAGCACGGUGUUCGAAGUUGACAGUGAUUCAACUGCGUUUUGGGUGGUUAACACAACCAGUGCCUAUUUCAAUGCGACUUCGGUAAAACGAGGUGUACGCAUGCUGAACAAACGAAAGCAGGUUUUGGUCCAAGACGAGGUUACAUCGACGGCUGAUAUCCAAUGGCGGAUGCAUACAAAUGCAACCAUCACAACGGACGGGUCGAAAGCCACCAUGGUUCGUGAUGGCAAGACGGUCGAGGUGUCCAUUCUCAGCCCCAGUGACGCGACCUUCACGACGUCGAAUGCAACACGAUUUUCUACGGAUCCCACACCGCCCGACCCCGACCAGGCGAAUCCAGGGAUUACGGUGUUGAUCAUUGAACUCAGUGCGGGAACGAACAACAUCCAGGUUUUGUUCAACCCUCAAUGGAAUGACGGCACAACUUUCGUGACGCCUUCCUCUGUUGAUCUCGACAACUGGUCUUUGACGAGUCAUAAUUAAUGCUUUGAUGGACUUUUAUUUACCCUGAUGAUUGGAUACUUCGGCUAUAAUCAACUUUAUACCACCGGACUUGUAGGGGUACUUGUACGACGAAUGUAUUUGUUAUCCCCUUGAGAGCCGGAGUAUUUGUUUGUGUUAUUGCUGUGGCGCCGUUCCCCUGGCAGCGAGGCCGAGGAGGGCGUUGUCAGUUAUUAUUCUCUACAUAUUUCGAGCAUCCACCUUACAACACUCUUUUCCACUACCCACCCCCCUAGAAGAUCACCAACGUCCACCGAGAGAGCAUUGACUGUCUUUUUCGCUAUUGGGCAGUGCAGACGACGGAUUGAAGUUUG